GAGGCGUUCUUUCUUGAAACAUGUAAACAGAAACUGAACAGGGAGGAGCUGGAAAUAGUUUCUGAAACCCUGAAUUGCAUCGGACAUGAGACUAUAGACGAUGUAGAGGAAAUUGAGAUGCAAAGAAAACAACACCCCUUCUGCCUGACGUCAGCUGUCUUACUGGUGCCGCUGGUGUCUCCUGGCCGGAGUGAGAGCUGCAUGUGUUGUUUCCAGCGGAGAGGUCAUGGAGGAGCAGGCUCGCAGCAGGCUGUUGUGCUCCAGGUCCAAACUGGAGGACGAUAUCAAGGCCCUCUACCUCAUGGACCACAUGGUUAGCGAUGAGGUGCUCAGCGCAGAUGAAGAGGAGACCGUCAAAGCCAAGGCAACCCGGAGGGAGCAAGCGGCCGCCUUGAUCGAUUUGAUUUUAAGGAAGGAUAACCAUGCCUACGUCUCUCUCUACAACGCUCUGAUCCGCGAGAGCUACAGUGACCUCGCCUCCCUGCUGCAGAAGGACCUUCCUCUGAUCUCGCCCAGAGCCGACAAGAGCUUCCCAGAUGGCGAGAGUCCCGGAGUGCAGGCCGUGCUCAGGGAAGGGGGCGUCCCUCAGAGGCCCGUGGUGUUUGUCAAGCGGCCCGAGCUGGUCAACCGGAUCCGGGAGAAGCUGUACAAGCUGCUGGCGGCACCGGGCUGGGUGACGGUGUUCGGCAUGGCCGGCUUCGGGAAGUCCGUGCUGGCAGCGGAGGCCGUCCGGGACAACGAGCUGCUGACAGUGUGCUUUCCCGGAGGGGUCCACUGGCUGGCUGUGGGGCAGCUGGACAAGGCAGGACUACUGGUGAAGAUGCAGUCUCUCUGCUUCCGCUUGGACCUGGACUCCCAGUUUUGCCAGAGACCCCCCAGCACUAUCGAGGAAGCCAAAGACCGCCUGCGGUUCCUCAUGAUCCGCAAGUACCCCAGGUCGCUCCUCAUUCUGGAUGACGUCUGGGACGGCGCGGUUCUGCGGGCCUUUGACAUCCAGUGCCGAGUUCUGCUCACCACGCGGGACCGGAGCCUGACGGACUGCGUGGCAGGCCAGAAGUUCGAGGUGUCAGUGGGCCGCGGCCUGGAGGAGGACAAGGCGCUGGAGGUCCUGGCUGUGUUUGUGAGCAAGAAGGUGGCGGCGCUGCCAGAGCAGGCGCGCCAGAUCGUGCAGGAGUGCAAAGGCUCGCCUCUGGUCGUGUCCCUGAUUGGAGCCCUGCUGCGCGAGUUUCCGGACCGCUGGGCUUACUACCUCCGGCAGCUGCAGAACAAGCAGUUCAAAAGGAUUCGCAAGUCCACCUCUUACGACUACGAAGCCUUGGAUCAGGCCAUGUCCGCCAGCAUCGAGGUCCUGCCGGACGACCACAAGGACUUUUACAAAGACCUGACUGUCCUUGAGAAGGAUGUGAAAGUGCCGGUGAAGGUCCUGUCUGUUCUGUGGGAUCUGGAACCUGAGGAAGUUGAGGAUAUCCUCCAGGAGUUUGUGAACAAAUCCUUGCUGUUCCGCGAUUCCAACAAGACGCCUUAUCUCUAUUACCUCCACGAUCUGCAGCUGGACUUCCUCACCGAGCAGAACCGCUACAGGAUUCAGGAGCUGCAUUCCAAAGUGGUCCAUCAGUAUCAGAAGUAUUAUAAAAACGCCCAUCCCACAGCAGGCGAUGAGGACUGUCUGUACUGGUACAGGUAUCUGGGAUAUCACAUGGCCAGAGGGAAUCUGCACGAGGAGCUGUACUCCUUCUUGUUCUCUCUGGACUGGGUGAAAACCAAGGCUCAGAUCAUGGGACCAGCCAGCCUCAUCAAUGACUACGUGGAGUACAGCAGUAUUUUGGACAAAGAGAACAGCACGGUGCGCGAGAACUUCCAGGAGUUCCUGUCCCUGAAUGGGCACCUGCUGGAGCAGAGGCCCUUCCCGGACGUGGUGCAGCUGGGCCUGUGCCAGCCCAGCUCCUCGGAGGUGUACCGCCAGGCCCGGCUCAAGGCUGAGGAGGAGGCCAGGAAGGGGGCCUUUUACCUGGACUGGAUCAACAAAAGCAGUUUAGAAAGCUUGUCUCGUCUGAUUGUGCAGCCUCAUAAGGGAUCCAUUUACUACGCCUGCUUUUCACGGGAUGGGGAAAAGAUAGCGUCCUGUGGAGCUGACCGGACAGUCCAGGUGUUCAGGAGCGUGACGGGGGAGAAGGUUCUGGACAUCGUGGCCCACGAGGAGGAGGUGCUGUGCUGCGCGUUCUCCCCGGACGACAAGCUCAUCGCCACAUGCUCCACCGACAGGAAGAUAAAGAUUUGGAAUGCGGAGAGAGGAAAAUUGAUCAGGAUCUAUGAAGAGCACAGCGAACAGGUGAACCACUGUCAGUUUACCAACAGCAGCUACAGAAUCCUCCUGGCCACGGGUUCGAAUGACUGCUUUCUCAAGCUGUGGAACAUCAAUAAGCCCACCUGUCAGAACACGUUGUUUGGACACACAGAGGCUGUCAAUCACUGCUGCUUUUCACCUGACGAUGCGCACCUGGCCAGCUGCUCGAGCGACGGAACGCUGAAGCUUUGGCAGGUGUCUUCAGGGAACGAAUGGAAGUCCAUCGACGUGUUCAGCUACUUCCCGUCGUCCCCGGACAGCAGGGAGGAGGGGGAUGUGAUCGUGAAGUGUGGAGCAUGGUCUCCAGAUGGCUCUCGGAUUAUCGCUGCAGCGAAGAAUUCCGUCUUCGUCUUUGACGCCGACACCUGUGACCUGCUGUCGGAGAUCAAAACCAGCCGCCACGGCACCAUCCAGUUCUGCGACUUCUGCCCCAGCGGCCAGCUCGUGGCCAUUGCUCUCUCCCACUAUACUGUGGAGCUGUGGGAAAUUGAGUCCAACAAGAAAGUGGCAGACUGUAGCGGACAUCUGAGCUGGGUGCACUGCGUCAAGUUUUCACCUGAUGGCUCUUUACUGCUGUCGUCCUCGGACGACCAGACUGUCAGGCUUUGGGAAACGAAGAAAGUCCACACUUCGUCUGCGGUGUCACUGAAGAGAGACUCUGACGUGCUUUUUGAUCACAACGAAAUCUCAGUGUUGGCUCCUGAUAGCAGGAACCGUCUGCAGUUAAGAAGUGGAAACACGGGGGAGGUGGUUUAUCAGUCGGAGGAGCAGGAGUCCCGGAUCCGGAGCUCCUGCCUGUGUAAGGAGCCUGCCGUGUCAGCGCUGGGCCGGGACGACGGCGUGGUGAAGGCAGGUCUGAUGUCCCCAAAGCAAGUUCUCAGGAGCAUUGGCUGGUGGACUCUGAGGCUGCUGACCCCCCAGCAGAGCUUCCUAGCGGCUCUGGGACUAGACAGUGGCGUGGCACAGGUCUUGGAUAUUCCGAACGGCAAUACUGUGAGCACUUUAAGGGGACACACCAAGCCUGUACAGCACUGUGAGUUUACAGCUGAUGGACGAACGCUCAUCACCUGUUCCGAGGACACGACUAUCAGGGUGUGGGACUGGAGGUCUUCAGAAUGCAAAGUGUUGAAAGGCCACACAGAGCAGGUGAAGAAGUGCGUCCUGCUGGACAGCUCCAGACUCUUAUCAUGGUCUUUUGAUGGAACGGUGAAGGUGUGGAAUAUGGCCACUGGUGAGCUGAUCCAGGACAUCUUCUGCCACAAGGGAGCAAUCCUGUCGUGUGACGUGUCUCCUGAUGGGAAGAAGUUCUCCUCAGCCUCUGCAGACAAGACCGCCAAGGUCUGGAGCUUCGCCUCCUCCGGCCUUCUCCACACCCUGACGGGACACAAGGCCUGCGUCCGGAGCGUCCGCUUCUCGGGGGACGGCGCGUGCCUGGCCACCGGGGACGACCACGGCGAGAUCCGGAUCUGGGGAGUGGUUGACGGCGCCCUGCUCCAGAUUUGCACCCGGGGCGACAAGGACUCGAUGGAGUCGCUCCACGGAGGCUGGGUGACCGAUCUUCAUUUCUCCCCCGACGGCGAGAUGCUGGUCUCCACUGGAGGGUAUAUAAAGUGGUGGGACGUGAAGACCGGCAGAGCGCUCCAGACCUUCUACACCACGGGGACCAACCUGAAGGGAAUCCACGUGUCUCCGGACUUCAGGACCUUCGUGACCAUCGACAACAUCGGGAUCCUUUACGUUCUGAAGAAGGUGGAGUGAGCUGGGCUUCUGAACACUAACGCCAGGGUGCUCUUGUGCGGGCCGUGUGGGCCACACACACAUGGUGCUGAUAUGAACUGGCACAGCCUGCCAACAAAGAGCAUUAUGCAAGAACUAGGCACUGUCUUACAGAUGUCAGCAAUGAGUAAGUAAAUAGUGCGUAGGCGAUACAAGAGAGUUACCGUUCUUUGCCACCUCAAUAUGGCCUUUGUACCCAGAAUCUGUAACAAAAAGUCAAAGAAGGGAAAUGACCCUUGUCAUUUCUUCAAACUAGCGGUCUUACAGUGGUCGGCUGCCUAUCCAGAUCUCGCACAGACUGCCAGAUCUGCACUGGGCAAGAGUAGCUUGCGAACCAAAAAAACCUUAACAAAAAAACACUGCCCCCAGACUGUCAGGGAAGGUACUGCAUAUUUACUCAGAGCAGUUAUGAAUUUUCUAGUCCUCGCGGUGGGUGCCUGUAGUUGUUUCACUUAGCACCUGCGAGUGCUAUAUAAGAGUGCAAUUCAGAAGAGCUCAAAAUAUCAUUUGAAGUCAAAAGCAAUAACAUUGUGCUCCUGUUUAAAGGGAAUGAUCCAGUUUUUUUUCCUUCAGCAUUAAUCCUUUCUUCCCCUUGAAUGGCUCCUUGUCCCGAGGGAAACGGUGCAAUGAACAAUAUUCUGUCCUUCUGCUUAAGAACAUAAGAACAGCUGCCGAUGAGAGGAGCCCAUCUAGGGGUAUCUCUUUGAGCCUUUCCCCCGCAGUGCGAAGAGGUCCAGCGGGCACAUGUAUUACAGCAGUGGACAGUCCACCUGCUCACAGGCUCUGGAGCACGCUGGCCUCGGGGGUCCGAUGCACAGCAGGCCGCUGUGGCUUCCUUCCAUUUCCCUUCCCAGCCAUGAGCCCCCCCUCAAGCCCCUGUGGGUCAGAGUGCGCUAUGUGUUGAUUGGCGGGCAUGUUGGGGCUGUUUUUCGUUUCGGUCCAGUUUGCGUGGCAGGUUCUGAGCUUCCUGAGCCCGAGACGCUGGGGACAUUCCAGCUUUCUCCAGCUGGGCACAGGAUCAGGGAAGGAGGGAGCUGGCAGCCCCUGGCACUUGAGAGAAUUGCUGUAGCCAGAACCACUUUGGUACCGAUCCACUGUGAACACACCCCAGUCCCACCUGGCUCCUACAGUUGAAAGGCAGCAAAAGCUUUUUAUAAAAUGAACUAUGUAGCACAUUGAUUUUUAUACAAAAGGUUUGAACUUACAGUAGUUGUCUUAUUUGGGGAAAAAAUCACGAUUUCUAUUUGAUAAAGACUACUUGAUAAAUGGGUACAGUUUCAUACUAUCAAUUCUUGAUGAACAAAUUACUUUUUAAAAAGAUUUUUGCAUCUGCGUGGGUUUGUUGUGAGCUAUUUCCAUUUUUUCUAGAAGAAGAACUAAAAAAACUAAAAAACUUGAGAUAUUCUUUUCCGUUUCUCACAUUUCCCAUGAUGAAAAUAUUUCAUUAAAAAACCUAUACAAUGCCUGCAUAAUACUUGUCAAGACAGUACCAGAAGGGCAUUCUAAUGUCAUAGCAUUAAUUAGUACAGAAAAUUUGCCUUCCUACUUGUACUGCUGUCACUACAUGCAACAUUGCAAUUUACGUUAAUGCCUUAUUGUUUGAACUUUGUAAACUCAUUUUUAUCUAAAGUGAUACAUCCCUGAUUUGUGUGAUUUUUGACCUUGUGCCAAUAAAUUACAUGUGAUAUUCUG